AUGUAUUCAGGUUUGAAUAAAAUAAUUAUCAAGCAAUAAAAUGUCUGAGGAAGAGUACGAUUAUCGUAUACUAGAAGAAUGUGAUUGUGAAGUCAUCACUGCUUUUAUGGUUAAGCAUUUUGUUGGCGAAGAACCUAUAUCUACACAUCUACAGUUGUCGCCCGAGGAGGGAGAAAUGCUAUUUGGUCCAUAUGUAAAGAAUGCUCUGUGGCAAAAAGUAAGCAUCGGAGUAUAUGACAAGGCGACUGGUGAACUUGUCGGAAUCAGAAUCAACUUUCUUGGAGAAAACCAAGAUAAACUACAACCACUGCCUUAUAACAUGAAGGAAGCGCCCCUCAAUGUUCAACAGUUUGACCAGAUUCUGAUUUAUUUAUUCGGAACUGACAUGGCAAAGUCGUUGGGAACUUCCAACUAUAUGGAAUUAUUCUUGGUAGCUGUGAGACAGGAUUACGGAAAAAAGGGAAUUACCACUGAACUUUAUAAAAGGUCGGAAAAAAUUGCCAGAAGUCGGGGUAUAGACAUCUUGCCUGUUGCCUGCACAAGUGCCUACACCUUGAAAACUACAACUAAGCUUGGUUGGAAAGCCCAGAAGCAGGUCAACUACGCCGAUUACGUUGAUCCCCUGACAAAUAAGAACAUUUUGGAGAAUAUGAAAAAACCUCACGUUGUGCUAACAGUGUUGAACAAAUCGUUGAAAUACGACUAAUCGCAAAAUAAUCGCCGGAAUAAAUUUGUAUAAAUAAAAUUGUAUUACGUUUACUAAUAAUAAUAUGUUGAGGCUUUCGAACUGGAAUCAUUUGAAAUCGAUAUUGUAUAUUAUUGUUUAUAUGAUUAAUUAAAUAUUUCUCAUUGCUAUAAGAGGAACGUUUCGAUAAAAAUAUAAGAUAUUAAUUUCCAUAUAUUGCUUAUAUAUAGAGAAUAAUAAAGCACUACGUAAUUUU